CAAGAGCUGCUUCUUCCUCUCCAUAGCCCUCCUCAUCACCCUCACCGUACACUGGCCCUCACCAUCGUCAGGGAAACCACCACCGACGUUGCUCCAGACAAGCCGAAUGAGGAGUCAACGACAACUCCGAAGGUGCCCUUUUUUUGGCCAAAUGAUUGGGGCCUCAAGGAGUUGCAAAGGCCAAUGCUGGUGUUGCUUUUGGUGACGUGUUUGAACUGGAUUGCGUUGUUCCCGUUCUUAUUGUUCAACCUUGACUGGAUGGGAAAUGAGGUGUACUCCGGCCAGUUCGGUAAAGGGAGACUGUACGAUUUGGGGGUGAGGGCCGGUUCACUCGGCCUCUCGUUAAACUCUGUCCUUUUAAGGUUCAUGUCUCUCGGGGUCGAGCAUCUCGGCCGUUGGGUUGGUGGGGUCAAGAGAUUGUGGGUUGUUGUCAACUUCUUGCUCGCCAUCUGCAUGGCCUUGACUGUUUUAAUCACUAAAUUGGCUGAGGCCAGCCGACACGGUCACAUCGGAGUUGAGCUGCCUCUGCCACCUGCCGGUAUCAAGGCCGAUGCAUUGUCUCUGUUCGCUGUGCUUGGCAUUCCUCUAACGAUUUUCUUUCGACAAAAAAAAAAAAGAACAGAUUUUCACUUGGGAGCUUGCCAGUGGCGGAUCCAGUAAAUAAUAUUAGGGGUACCAGAUAUAACAUGCAUAUCGUCAUUUCAUCGAGUCUUGGUAGGCCUGAAGUCAUUUGAAAAUGCAUACUACAGACAUGUUAAUGUAUGAAAGGGGCAACACCCAAGGUAUUCAUGGACAUUCAUGGGCAACACCCAAUUAUGAAGCCAACUAUAAUCUUCAAAAGGGCAACACUCAAGGUAUCCAUGGAUAUUCACCAAAAUUCGGAAGGUCAGCACCUAAAGUAUCUAUAGACGUUCAUCGAAGUUCAGGGGGCCAGCUAACCCCCCUUGCCCCUUAAUGGAUCCGCCAAUGGAGCUUGGGGACUAAUUAGUUUCAUUGUUUUACCUUUUAACUUUUGGUGGUAACAUAUUUUUGCCUUGUUUUUCAAGAACCAAAGGGUUAUCCGUUAUCGUUAUCCAGAAGGUGUUUUUGUUUGUUUUUAUCCGAAGUCAUUUAGUGCAUGCAGAAAAGGUUUCACCAUGCAUUUACUAGGAUAAGGAAAACUAUUUUGAUUCUUUGAACAACUCCUCAUUGUGGUUUUAUUUUACAAAUUAAUUUUUCAUAAUUAAAGGGGAUUGAUUAAUUAUGUGUGUAGACAUCGAAAUU